AGCAAAUAAAGAAUCAGACAGAAGAAGAAGUAGAAGAAAAUCACAAAGCGCUGAAGGAAGAAACCUAGACAAGAACGGCAACACUCUGCAGAAAACAUGGCGUUGCAGUGGUUGAUACUCUCAUACGUGGUGGCAGCUGAGGCUGUAGUGGCGAUUCUGCUAACCCUUCCCACACCGAAGCUCUUGAGAAAUCGUUUUGUCUCUCUGGUUUCCCUCAUUCUCCAACCUGCGCUUUUUAUUGUCCCCUUUUCUGGGUUCCAACUCCUAGAUAUAUACUGGAAGAAUGAGCAUCGUUUGAUGUGUACUUCUGAUGUUUGUACUGCUGCAGAGAGAGAUCGAUAUGAGAAAUCUAUAUACAAAGCUCAGAGAAACGUAAUACUGUGUGUUACAGCAUGUCUUCUAUACUGGUCUAUCUUCCGCAUUUGCAAGUAUCAGAAGGAUAUCCAAAGGAUGGAGGAAGUGGAGAAGAGAUCCAAGUCCAAGUAGCUUCCUUCUUUUUACAAUCUCAUGUUGUCAUGGUUAGUGGAGGAGAGAACCUUGAGGCAGCUUUAGUUGAGUCUUGCAUGGACAUACUUACAUGAUGUGCCAAAUUAACUCUAUUGACACGCUCAUGUGAUUCAGCUCUAUAUUUUUAAAUUCCAAUCUUUUAUGUGUUAUGCUGUUGGGACGCACUCUUUUGACUUCUGUGUAGUUUAAUGUCUAUUAGCCUAUACUGGGGAAAUAUUUUUCCUUUCAGUUCUAUAAGGGGGUGUGCACGUUUCGGUUCGGUUUUUUAUAGCAAACCGAACUGAACCAGAAAAGUAUUUCGGUUCGGGCAGAUCGAACCAGUUUUAAAAGGUAGUUUAUUUCUU